AUGGAGUAUGGACAGUACCGCAGAGAACACGGCUUCCACAAGCACGAUAUUUCAAUGUGUUCCUCAGAAAAGCGUCCGGUGCCGAAAAGCACACGGUGUCGGGUGCAUGUCGGCAGUCACGCAGAGUCGUGCUUCUUUAUUGGCAUGGCAAAGACGUCAAUUGAUGAAGGCAGGCGUCGCAGGAGAGACAGUAAGGACAUCAGGAAGUUGUCCCCAAAAGGGUACGACAUCGUGGGCGGACGCGAUGGGCAGGGGAAAGAGCUUUCUGCGGACCAGGUUAAAACGUUCAUCAAGAAGCAAGAUGAGAAGGGCAAUCUUCCAUACGGUCUGUCUUGCACGGCCAGAGAUGUUGGUGAGCUCACGUCUGAUCAGGGCGAAUGUGUCACGUACGCAUGA